AAUUAAUUGGUGAUAUUUUGUGAUAAAAAAAAUUGCAAGAGCUCUUGGAUCACUUUCACUGUUGCAUUAUUGAAAGAAUCGAUAUAUUCUAGAUUAGAAGAUAAUUAUACAUGUUUACAGAUAAGAUGUGUAUGAUCGACUCUUCAUUUGGCGUAUAACACUUCUGAUUUUAUUACUUAUCUCAUCCGCAAUUUCCCUCAUCGGAUAUAUUAAAUUUGGAUUGGUGGAGACUGUUAGACCAGUUAGGAUUUCCAACUGGGUUUUUUAGGCGUUUCCUCCUUGAUAUUCUUGCUUGCUGACAAAUAUGGUGAUUUUCAAUUUGUGCAAGACUUAAAUGUAAUGUUUACCUGUUUAAAUAGCUAUUAAUCUUUUAUUUAUACAAGUAACGUGUUUAAAAAAAAAGAAAAACGAUGUUGUGCAAUAUAAGAAAUUGCAUGGUGUCUGUGGUGAGACGUAUUUCAUUGUUUCGCCAAAAUAAUAAGCAUUACGAGAUAAGCAAUAACAACGAGUUUGUAAAUAAGGUGAUGAAUGGUACAGUGCCAGUUAUAGUCAAUUUUCACGCAGAUUGGUGUGAUCCAUGUAAAAUACUAACACCCAAGUUGAUAGAGCUUAUAGAACCUAUGGACAAGUUAGAUUUGGCCAUAAUCGACGUAGAAGAGAAUCCUGAAUUGGUGCAUGUUUUUGAAGUGAAAGCUGUACCUGCGGUAAUAGCAAUCUCAAAUGGCUUAGUCGUAGACAAAUUUAUCGGCUUAGUCAACAAUGAGAUGAUAGAGAAUUUAAUACAAAAGCUAAUAAAUGAAGGACCAAUAAAUACUACAGAAAAUAACAAUACAAAGUCCUAAUCAUGGUAACACUAUAAAAAUUAUAUAAUACAAACUUUAUGCUUCCAUUUUUCUCACUUGUAAAUGUAUUUUCAUAAAGAAAAUAUGUAAUAUUUCAAGCUACUUCAUCCGAAACUUACGGCCUUUUUUAAUCUAAUCUUCUCAGAUAAGCGUGCAUUAUAUAACUCAAAGAUUUUAGAUACAUAUUUAUGUUAUAAAAUGGCAUAUAUAUAGAU